ACUCUUAUUAAAGUAGUGGAUGUGUUUGGAAAUUAGGUAGGAUCAUAAACUUGGCAAAAGAAAAAAAAAAGGAUUAGAACCCUACCAUUUGUCCCCACCUCCGCCGCUCUCGGGUCAUCAAGCGCAAAUGGCUUCCUCGGUUCUUUCUUUGGGCAAGGCCUUCAAAGCUGCUGCUACUCGGAAGGUCUUUGUCGCCGCUAAGAAGAGAUGUGAUGCAAGCGUGGGUUGUGGUGAAAGCAUGUGUAAGUUCAUGGAGGCCUGUGAGCGCCAAAAGGCAAACUUUGCCAGUGGAGUGAAGCAAACAUCCCCUCUUCAGUUUACUGAUACACGUCAAGCCUGCGAGGCGUUCUCCGAGACCUUCACCGGUUUUUUUGUGGGCGUUGGGUUCCUCGUGUCGGGGUUUGCAUACAACCAGGUUGUGCGAGCUUACGACAACCGUCAGACUAGUCAGAAGAUUCAUGUCUUGAAUCUUUCUGUGUCGAAGUGCAAGGAAGAUAUUGGUGAUUUAAAGGAAGUGGUGGAAGAAUGUGAGAGGGAGAGGGAGAAGGAGAAGAUGGAGAAGAAGGCGAAGAAGGAGAAGAAGGAGAUGGAAAAGAAGAAGAAGGAGGAGAAGGAGAAGAAAAAGAACUAGUUGAUUUCCUUGUGUCUGAAUAAGUGAAUAACACGUUUUUUGCAUUGCUAUUUGAUAGGUUUGGCUUCAUUGUGAACAUUUUGCAUUGCUAUUUGAUUUUGGUUUCAUUGUGAA